AUGUCGGUGAAGUCGGCGUCGAUCGUGGCGAUAACGGAGUCGAUGGCUGGGACGGUGUCGAUGGGGUCGGCGGUUGACGAGGUCGUGGAGUGCGAUGUUCCGCUACAGGCCGAGGUUGGCCAUGAGUUCUUGGAGAAGCUUGCCUCUCGGGGCCAAAAGAACAAGGCACCGGCGCCCGAAGCCGGCUCGAGCGACGCUCCUCCCGCCAAGCGCUCCCGGAAGGAAGUUGUUGGUGGGAAGAAAGUCACCGCGAAGCACUACCGGUCACGAGAGAUGCCGGUUGCUUCCGGUCCUUCGCUCAAGAUCUCCAAGAGCGCCACCGGCAUGAGGCCGGAAAGUUCUGAGGAAGCCGCCAGGGCCUCUCCUCCUCCUCAACCAAGCCCGGCACCAUCUGGUGACGGCAAAUCUCCUGCCUCCUCUCGGGGAGGCAAUACAAGUGCGGGGCGCGCGGCCCCUGAACCUGCCGAUCUCCGCGCGGAGGAGGACCUUGACGCGCCUGAAGCUCCUGCGCCACCCAAGACCACGCCAAUGCCUCCUCCGGCAAGCUCAUCCGGAGAGCCCGCCGCCGCCAAGCCAACACCGCCAGAGGGCACCAAGCUCUCCGCGCAAGAACCCGCGGUGGUGGCCACCGCUGCCAGCGCUCCCUCCUCCGGCACGCGGUCCCUCGUACUGCACACCGGCCGCGCCGCCAUUGUGGCUGGAGAGACGGCCUCAGCUCAGCUGGGCCGGAUCACCGAGCUCACCCGCGGAGGAGCUGACCUGGGCCAUCUCCUUGAUUACGCUGAGAAGUGGAAUCAAGCAGACCUGUCCCCAGCGACGCGCGGCCUCGGGAAGGAUAAGCUGCCGGGCAUGCUGGACGUCCGGAAGCAGCUCUUCGAGGAGUUGUUGUGGGAGCACCGGGAGCUUUCCGAGGCUCACAGCAAGUGCCAAGCUGUUCCGGAAGCCUCCAUCAAGGCCCUCAAAGCUCAGCUCGCCGCGCUUCAAGCUGAAAAAGAGCAGCUAGCCUCGGAGCACCACAAGGCCCUGGAGGCCCAGAGGACCCUCGUUGGUGAGCUAAAGGAAAAGCUCAUGCAGGAUGAGCUCCGGCAUGCUCGUGAGCUGAAGGAGGCCAAGGCUGUCGCUGAGGCCAAGCUGGACGAAUCCUUGAAGGAGUAUACCAACAAAACCGCGGUGCUGCAGGCGGAGCUGGAGGAAGAGACCGUGGCACGGAAAGCGGCACAAGACCAGAUCGCCCUCCUAACCGCGGAGCAAAAGGAGUACGACCGGUUGGUUGUGCAGACCGAUGCGCUGGCCCUCAGGCUCUUUCCGGAUUCCCAGGCGCAUGCUCAUAACAAGGUAGCGGAACGCAGGGCGGAGCAAGAAAUGAGCAACCCGUAUUCGCCCUGGGAUGCUUAUGACCACUUGGUCGCGCUUUCCGCCUGGAUCCAGCACAUGCGCGCCGUGGACCGGCACCUGGUCGAUCUUCCGGAUCGAGCCAUGGAAAUCUUCAAAGAGCUGUGGCCUGAGGAAGCGGUGCCGUCAACGUGA